CAGAUACAUAACCUAUGUCCACUUUGCUUAAAAUUCUAGUGUCUAAUAAUGAGUAUUAACAAACAAGUAGUCUUAAUUACUCAAGACUACAUUGUAAAGUGAAAUCAUGUGCAUGGUGUCACAUCCAUAACGAUGGCCUUGAACGCUUAUCUACUCGCUUAUUCACUUUCGUCGAGAUCAUUCCGCUUUGCGAGCCAAUUAUUUCGCCCUCAUCAACAUUGUCGUCAUUAUAACCGGGACUACGACGUUACAAAUUCUGCAAACAUGAGUGCUGAACAACCGCGCGUUCUUUCGAUUCAAAGUCAUGUUGUUUCUGGAUAUGUUGGCAACAAAAGUGCAACUUUUCCAUUACAAUUGUUAGGGUUUGAAGUUGAUGCCAUCAACUCUGUGCAGUUUUGUAAUCACACUGGAUAUGCAAAGGGCAUUAAAGGCCAAGUAUUAUCUGAUGUCGAUUUGGGUGAUUUGGUUGAGGGACUACAUCUAAAUAACUUAGAUGAUGGCUAUACACAUUUACUGACAGGAUAUAUUGGAUCACCACUGUUUCUUCAGAGGGUUGCAGCUGUAGUUAAACAUUUGAAAACAAUAAAUCCAGGACUUAUUUAUGUUUGUGAUCCGGUAAUGGGCGACAAUGGACAAAUGUACGUCCCUAAAGAAUUACUACCUUUAUAUCAAAAUACAAUCAUACCUCUAGCUGACAUAAUCACGCCAAAUCAAUUUGAAGUGGAACAACUCACCGGCUGUAAAAUUAAUAGCGUCGCAGAUGCAUGGAACGCUAUCGAUAUUCUACACGGUAAAGGAUGUAAAACUGUUGUAUUAUCUUCAAGUGACUUAGGAAAUGAUGGAAAUCUUCUGGCGUUGGCAAGCAGUUCAACUGGAGACAAACGACGCAUAACUCUUGAAAUACCAAAGUUUUCCGGGUCUUUCACUGGCUCUGGUGAUUUAUUCGCGGCUUUAUUCCUAGCAUGGAUGCACAAAUCAAAUAAUAUCGAAACAGCUCUAGAGAAAACCAUCGCUACACUGCAAGCAGUGUUACAAAGAACAUUAACUCACGCCAAAAAAGUAGGUGUAACACCAAGAAGUCUUGAAUUGAAGUUGAUUCAGAGCAAAGGCGACAUUGAGAAUCCAUUAGUGGAAGUCAAAGUCGCCAGAAAUAAUAACUAAUAAAGUUUUGUUGCUAGUUAAUUAUUUGUUAUGUUAUAAAUUAGAAUGUAAUAUGAGCUAUGAUGUGAAUCAUUGUCUUCCAAUGCGUGUUUAAUGUAAUCAGCAUAUGAAACAUGUGACCAGAAAGUGUAAACUAUAAAUAUUGAUGUAACAAUGUAUAGAACCAAGUUUUGAAUGUGUACACUGUACAGUAUUUGAUAUGUUAUAUCAAGUAGUAGAAUUUCUAUGCUAGUCAUGGAUAAAGGUAUCAGAAUAAACUGUAAUCAAAAAUUAUAACUGCAAAACAAGAUUAUGGCGACUAUUACUAAUUUAUAAGUAUUGUUAUUGUGGUUUAGGUGAUAAAGCCGUUGUUAUAGCAACAAAAUAUUGUGUCGUACUUGUAUUGCUUUAUUGUCAACGUAAUUUUUGUUAUUUUACGAAUUGUUUUUAAAUAACAAGAUUUAUCAUUUGUUA